UCUUUCGAUCAUCCUUUGUUUUCACCAAAAUCAAAGCAGCAUUCUCUGUUUGUAUCAAUGGCAUUGUUGAGUUAUAGAAAAAAUGAUGACAUAGUUGAGAUUGACUAUGAAGAAUGCUCGGUUAAUCCCAAAACUCACAAACGACGAUGGAGAAUGGCCUUUGCAGCCAUUUAUUUCACCAGAGUUCUCAUUUCUCUAUCGAAAAAAGUCGGCGGCCGCAAGUUCUUGCGAUCGCUUUCCUAUGUUACUAUUGAUAUGCACCUGAAUAAUCAUCAUGAUGUUGAAAAUAUGGAUUCAGACGAACGGUUGUACGUUGAUCGAAAAGUUUUGAGUAUGAUGGUGAGGGAGAAGAAUUUCGAGUGUUUGGAUCGAUUUGGAGGUGUUGAUGGACUUGCUGAUCUUCUCGAAACGAACUCCGAGAAGGGAAUCGUUGCAACGGAAGAUGAUCUAAUUUAUAGAAAAGAUACUUUUGGAACAAAUACUUAUUUGAAGCUCCAUGGUAGAAGCUUCAUGAGUUUUGUGAUUGAAGCGCUUAACGAUACAACGAUGAUUAUUCUUUUGAUAUGUGCAGCACUUUCCUUAGGAUUUGGUAUCAAACAACACGGUUGGGACGAUGGAUGGUACGAUGGUGGCAGCAUUGUUGUUGCCAUAUUUCUUGUGGUUGGCGUUUCCACUAUUAGCAACUUCAAGCAGUCGAGGCAGUUCGAGAAGCUUUCAAAUGAGAGAGAGGACAUAAAAAUCGAGGUCACUAGAGCCGGUCGACGCAAACCAGUAUCGAUAUUUGACAUCGUCGUUGGCGACAUUGUGUAUUUGAAGAUUGGAGAUCAGAUUCCUGCCGAUGGAGUGUUCCUCGAAGGGCAUUCGCUGAAAGUCGACGAGUCUCACAUGACUGGAGAGAGUGAUCAAGUUGAAGUAAAUCAUGGAAGUAAUCCAUUUUUGCUAUCAGGAACCAAAGUGAGUGAUGGUUUUGGUGUGAUGAUGGUUACUUCAGUGGGAAUGAACACAACCUGGGGAGAGAUGAUGAGUUCAAUCAGGCAAGAAGUUAAUGAAAUCACUCCUUUGCAAGCUCGUUUAAACAAGAUGACCGCGGUGAUCGGAAAGCUCGGACUGACGGUUGCCCUGCUCGUACUCCUUGUUCUUCUUGUUCGCUAUUUCACCAGAAGCACCGGCGAGUUCAAUGGAAGCAAGACGAGGUUCAAUGAUAUCAUGAAUGCAAUUCUUGACAUGGUUACCGCCGCGGUUACAAUCCUCGUUGUAGCGAUACCGGAAGGUUUGCCUCUAGCUGUUACUUUAACUUUAGCUUACUCAAUGAAAAAGAUGAUGGCAGAUAAUGCAAUGGUUAGGAAACUCUCUGCUUGUGAGACAAUGGGAUCAGCAACAACAAUUUGUACAGAUAAAACUGGCACCCUUACUUUGAAUGAGAUGAAAGUUACUGAGUUUUGGAUUGGGGAAGAUGAAAUUAUGGACAAAGAUCUUUCCAAUUCAAGGAUUGUUGAAUUGUUGCACCAAGCAGUUGGCUUGAAUACAACUGGUAGUGUUCAAAGAUCUACUUCUUCAUUGCCUCUAGAAAUAUUCGGGAGUCCAACUGAGAAAGCGAUACUUUCAUGGGCCGUGUUCGACUUGGAUUUGAACCUAGAUGAACUGAAGAAGCAACAUGAAAUAAUCCAAGUGGAGACUUUCAGUUCAGAGAAAAAGAGAAGCGGGGUUUCGACAAGACGCUAUGGGGAGAAGUUUAUCCAUACACAUUGGAAGGGAGCAGCCGAGAUGAUAUUGACAAUGUGCUCAUAUUAUUAUAACAAACAGGGAACAGUUAGAGCCAUUGAUGACGAAUCAAGAAAACGAUUGAUUACGACAAUCACAACUAUGGCAGGAAAAAGUCUCCGAUGCAUAGCCUUCGCCCAGAAGCAAAACGAAGACAACGACAAUCCAGAAGUUCCUACUAAACUUGACGAAUCGGGAUUGACAUUACUCGGAAUAGUCGGUUUGAAGGAUCCUUGCAGGCCAGGAGUUAGAGAAGCUAUAGAAUCGUGUAAAGCGGCAGGAGUGAACAUCAAAAUGGUGACAGGUGAUAACUUACACACAGCAACAGCCAUAGCAAUUGAAUGUGGGAUACUAAAUCCCGACGACAAUACGAACAACAACGAAGUUGUAGUCGAGGGCAUAAGAUUUAGAAACUACACGCCUGAGGAGAGACUAGAAAAGAUUGACAACAUCAAAGUAAUGGCUAGAUCUUCUCCAUUUGACAAGCUUCUAAUGGUACAAUGCUUGAAGAAUUUAGGCCAUGUAGUGGCAGUUACAGGGGAUGGAACAAAUGAUGCCCCUGCUCUUCAUGAAGCAGACAUUGGUCUUUCAAUGGGAAUUCAAGGAACCGAAGUUGCAAAAGAGAGCUCGGACAUCGUCAUCUUAGACGACAACUUCACGUCGGUCGUCACGGUUUUGAAAUGGGGAAGAUGUGUUUACAACAACAUCCAAAAGUUCAUUCAAUUUCAACUCACAGUAAAUGUUGCAGCAUUAGUAGUGAACUUCAUUGCUGCUGUUUCAUCAGGUAAAGUUUCUUUAACAGCAGUUCAGCUAUUAUGGGUGAAUCUUAUAAUGGACACCAUGGGAGCUUUAGCCUUAGCCACUGAGCAACCCACGAACGACCUCAUGGCCAAAAAGCCAGUCGGACGAACCGAACCAUUGGUGACGAAAGUCAUGUGGAGGAAUCUCAUUGCACAGGCUGUGUAUCAAGUGACAGUUUUAUUGGUUUUGGAGUUUAAAGGAGGUGUCAUCUUUAAUGUGGAGGGAAAGGUUAAGGACACACUCAUUUUCAAUACUUUUGUGCUAUGCCAAAUCUUUAACGAGUUCAAUGCAAGGAAGAUGGAGAAGAAGAAUAUUUUUGAAGGGAUACAUAAAAGCAAGGUGUUUUUGGGAAUAAUUGUUAUAACUUUGGGUUUUCAAGUGGUAAUGGUGGAACUUUUGGGAAGGUUUGCAAAUACAAGAAGGUUGAAUUUGGGGCAAUGGGGAAUAUGUAUUGCCAUUGCAGCUUUGUCUUGGCCAAUUGGAUGGCUUUCUAAGUUAAUACCAGUUUCUGCCCUUCAUUUUCCAAGGAGAAAUUAGCAAUCUCUCUAGUUGAUGUAGUUUCUUUCUUUCUUUCUUUCUUUUUUUUUUUUUUUCUUUUUUAAGAUUUGUUUAGUAUUAUAGUAGCAAUGACAUUAAAUGAUUGUGAUAAUCUUAUUGAUUUUCUUCUUUCU